AUGGACGUGCUUAAGAGCCCCGAGUUCGCGGAAUAUGUGAAAAACACCAUCGAACGGUACCAUGUACCAGGCGUGGCCAUCGCCGUCGUACAGGGCGAGCACAUCGAGUCUGCAGGCUUUGGGAAAGCAUCCCUGGAUCCGCCUGAAGACUGCACGCCUGAUACCCUCUUCGACAUUGCCUCGACCUCCAAGUCGCUGACUGCGGCGUCGGUUGCACUGCUUGUUGACGACAAUGAGAAACACCCGCAGAUUCAGUACGAUGCUCGCAUGGCUGAUCUCCUACCAGGUGACUUCGUGAUGCCGAUGGACGAACAUGAAGACGUCACUCUGGAAGAUAUCCUCUCGCAUCGAACCGGGAUGGCACCGUAAGAUACAUCUUGUCUCUCCUACACUUAGUUAUUAACUGACUGGCUCUAACGUCUCGAACAGAAAUGAGUAUUCGCUUAUGGGACCAAACGCAGUUC